AUGGCCGGCGUCACCCCGGCUAGCAUCCAAUUGAGAAUGCUGGCAAGAAGAUGCCGCGCCACCACAGGUACUCCUAGCGACCUAGCAGCGGCCCUUGGGCCUGGAGCGGCGGAAUCGUCAUGGCGAGUGGACCGGCGAGAGACCCAUCCUCUCCCACCGUGGCUCCCCUCCCUCCCCGCCUCCAUCCGUCCCAGAGAAGAAGCGGUCGAACUGGCAUCGGCCUACCGAGGCCCCGCCAUCUACACGGAUGGCUCCAAGUUCGGCGAUAGUGCCGGCGGGGCCUUCCUGGCUGUCAAAGAAGGAGAAGUGGUGGAGCGCCAAGCUUUUAAGCUUGAGCGGUUCGCCACCAUUCACCAAUGCGAAUUGGAAGCCAUCCGCAGAGCCCUGCGAUGGCUGAGCUAUUCGGCUCACAGAGGUAUAGAAUGGCUUCUCUUCACAGACUCUCAGGCCUCCAUCCGCACGAUCCGAGGCCGAGAAGCCACCGAGAGAUCGGCCAUCGCUCGUGACAUCGCCCAUCUCAGCCUACACGUCAAGGUGCAGCUGAACUGGUGCCCGGGCCAUGAAGGAGUACAGUGGAACGAAGCAGUGGACCAGCUGGCCAACACCGGCCGAAAGCAGCUCUUCCCCCUGGACCGGGGUGCUGCUCUGAUGGUUCCUCCUUCCUUUGUGAAGCACCAGCUCAAGACCCAGAUGGAGAAGGACACAAGGUCCUGGUGGCUUGAGAAGCGAGCCACUCUGGGCACCAGCGUACGGGACUUCCUUUGGGGAUUUUCCCACGCCAGAAGAUUCUUGAAGGCCGGUAAGUCAUCACCCGAGCUCUCUGCCUUAAUUUUAGGACACGCCCCCACACCCCACCAUCGCCACACGAUGGGGCUAAGGACAGACCCGAGCUGCCCAUGCGGGCAUGCAGAUGGAGACGUCAAGCACAUCCUCAGAGACUGUCCUCUGCUGGAUGGCGCGAGACGAGACUCCAGGCUGCUCCAGGUGAUGCCCAAGUACGACUACAAAUUAGUCCUCGAUCGACGGUAUCGAGCGCCACUUCUGAAGAUGGCAAAGAUGACCUUCGAGUGGCUGAAGAAUCUCCGAGAAGCGGAGAACUCCUCUCAGCCAUAA